UCUCAUCCUCGCCCUCUCCGUCCGGUCUUGUGUCCCUCCAGCCUUUCUUUCAUCCAAGCAACCCCGUUCCGUUAAUAAUCAAUACUAAUUGCGUAACGGAAAUUCCAGUCCCUCCACUUGCUGCGAGUACGGUCAUCUCUGACGUCAGGACGUGAGGAUGCGACUCUAGCCAAGCCAUCGACCGCGACGCGAGCCCCCCGGCGACUUCGCGCGCGGGGCAAGGAGUGGCAUGCCUAGCAAAUAAAGCGGGGAAUGCCGCGGACGGACGGCGUUUCGGCGUGGCCGAUUUCGCUUUGGCGUCGUGUUUCCCCAUUCGGGCUUGUAGCCAGUCCGGCCGGGGAAAGGGCGGCGGCAUUGCGCUGAUUGGCCUCGCUUCCGAGCCCGAGCUCCUCUUAUUUAUUUAUCGCGAGGGGCGGGGGAGGGUUCGAUUCGAUUCGAUUGGGCGGGUGGCAGACUGGCAGCGAUGUCGGCGAAUGCGGAGGAGGAGGAGGGGACUUCGCCGUUGCUGAGCAAGGAGGAGCGACACUACCACCCGGGCUGCCCGGGCUGCGACCACGACCGGACCAAGGAGCUCCAGACCGGGCUGCCCUACAAGGAAUUCGCCUACGUCUGGAUGAUCUGUCUCACCACCGCUUUACCAAUAUCGUCAUUGUUCCCCUUCUUGUAUUUCAUGAUAAGAGACUUGCAUGUUGCAAAAAGAACAGAAGAUAUAGGGUUCUAUGCUGGUUUUGUAGGUGCUUCUUUUAUGUUUGGUAGAUGUUUGACUUCAACUCUUUGGGGAAUAGCAGCAGAUCGUAUUGGGAGGAAGCCUGUUGUUGUGUUUGGCAUUCUCUCUGUGGUGAUAUUUAAUACUUUGUUUGGGCUUAGUGUCACCUAUUGGAUGGCAAUAGCUACAAGGUUUCUCCUUGGCGCUUUAAAUGGCUUACUUGGACCAAUGAAGGCUUAUGCUAUUGAAGUUUGCCGACCUGAACAUGAACCUCUAGCACUAUCACUUGUCAGCACGGCAUGGGGUAUAGGUCUCAUCAUUGGUCCUGCUCUUGGAGGCUACCUUGCACUGCCUGCAGAAAAAUACCCAAAUAUAUUUUCGCCUGACUCAUUGUUUGGAAGGUUCCCGUACUUCUUACCAUGCUUAUGCACAUCAGUCUUUGCUGCCAUUGUUCUGAUAAGCUGCAUAUGGAUGCCGGAGACGUUACACAAGCAUAAGGUCAGUGAUGAUGGAAAUCAAAGCGUUGAAGCUUUGGAGGCCCAUCUGAUUGAUCCAAAAGAGGAGGUUGGACAAAGUAAUAGUUCGAAUACCAAGAAGAGCUUAUUCAAGAAUUGGCCAUUGAUGUCAUCUAUAAUUGUUUAUUGCAUAUUCUCCUUCCACGACAUGGCUUAUACAGAGGUGUUCUCUCUGUGGGCUGAAAGUGACAGAAAGUAUGGUGGACUGAGUUUAUCAUCUGAAGAUGUAGGUCAGACACUUGCAAUUACAGGUGCCAGUCUUCUUGUGUAUCAACUAUUUAUGUAUCCAUCCAUCAUUAAAGUUCUUGGACCUAUCAAAUCUUCUCAGAUUGCAGCUGUUCUGUGCAUACCUAUUCUCUUUGCUUACCCCUACAUGACGUACCUGUCAGGACCUGGAUUAUCGAUCGUACUGAAUAUUGCAUCAGUAAUAAAAAAUAAUCUUGGUGUUACCAUCAUCACAGGCACUUUCAUCCUUCAAAACAAUGCCGUGCCCCAGAACCAAAGAGGAGCAGCAAAUGGAUUAGCCAUGACUGGAAUGUCCUUUUUCAAGGCAGUUGCCCCUGCAGGCGCCGGCAUUGUGUUCUCGUGGGCGCAGAAACGCCAACAUGCUUUCUUCUUUCCAGGUGACCAGAUGGUGUUCUUUCUGCUGAACAUCAUCGAGCUCCUUGGACUUGUCCUCACAUUCAGACCCUUCCUGGCCGUGCCAGAGCAGUAUGAAAGAAACUAGUCUUCCCGCGUGUAAUUAUUAUAGAAUGUUUUGGAUUAUUACUGAGACGAUGACGACUCAUGCGGCCCCGCAGCCGCGAGGAAAAGGGCUCAAGGGUGCCCUUGCACCAGGACAAGAGGUGAUGACUUGUACUUGUGUGUAACAUAUAUAUGUUGUAGCAGCACCUCAGAAUGGAGGUGGUGCAUAUAUAUACAUGCUGUCUGGUAUAUAAAUGGUGGCCAGUUAAGUUGGUUGUUUGCCAUUAGUUAGGUAGCAGCAACAUUUGUAAAACUACUAUACAAUGCAAGAGACUGUACUAGCUGGGAAGAAAUAAUCUGGUGGAAAUUAAUGGCAUCGGCAUAGUUCUUGUCC